ACUACGUCUGCAAUUUUGUAAUUUUUGUCGUAAGAGACAAUUGCAUUGAGGGGGUCAGGCGCUGUGUAGUACGUCCUCUGAAAUGAUCAACCAGAUCGCAGAUCAGAUUGCGGUAGAUAUGUUCUAGAUUUUUUUACAAAUCUAUUUAUUAAUUGUUGUAGAUAUUUUUUUACAUUUUUUAAAAAUAUUUUAAAUGAUUUUUCAUCAGCGUCUGUAAGUGUCCUGUACAGUGCUGCAGCACGUCCUCUGAGAGGAUCAACUCUAAUCAGAUGAAGGGAUUUUAUUCUCAUUAACAAGGGCAAUAGAGGACCAAGGACACUGAUUAAUUAUCUAUUUAAAACAUCAUGUACUGGCUGGUGAGAAAAAUCAUCAAGCGUCCUCCUCCUCCUCCUCCUCGCUCCACAUAAAUACGAUAAUCUUCAGAUCACACAGAGACAAGUUUUAUUGUCACAUAUAAAAGUGAGAUAUCAUCCUCCGUGCUCCAGUUCUUCACUAUACCUGGUGCGUCACACACCUGAAAAUUAUACUGUCACACACCUGCUUGGUGGAGAAGGAUCAAGUGAACACAAAAACCCCUACACCCCAAGAAGCGGUUUCUUCAAAGACCCCUGAGUCCAACUACUCACUUGACAUAAUAUCUUCAGGUCACACAGAGGCAAGUCGUACUGCACUUCUUCAGAUCACAGAGAGGCAAGUCAUCAAGUCCUACUGCACUUUUACCCUGCUCGGUGGACAAGUUGAAGAACUCUGAUACCCUGAGGAUCAACAGAAGACUCCAACCUCUUCAAAGACACUAAACACAGUCUCCCCCUGGUGGUGUCCCUGGUCUCUGCAGUAUACUAAUUCAACAUGGCCGACUGGAGUCUUCUGGGUAAUUUCCUGGAGGAGGUGCACGAGCACUCCACAUCAGUGGGCAAGGUGUGGUUGACGGUGCUCUUCAUCUUCCGUAUCCUGGUACUGGGUACCGCAGCUGAGUCCAGCUGGCUUGAUGAGCAGGAGGACUUCAUGUGCGAUACACAGCAGCCCGGUUGUGAGAACGUCUGCUAUGACAGCGCCUUCCCCAUCGCACACAUACGAUACUGGGUGCUCCAGAUCGUCUUCGUCUCGACCCCCUCGCUGGUGUACAUGGGUCAUGCUAUGCACACCGUCCGGAUGGAGGAGAAGAGGAGACGCAGGGAGCAGGAGGAUAAAGGAGGAGGCGACGACGGAGAUGGAGAGGGAGGAGGAGGAGGAGGAGGAGACGAUAAGAAGUACCCGCAAGAGGAGGAGCGGGACGGAGGAGGAAAAGGAGGAGGAGGUGGCCAGGAGGGCACUGCCAAGAUCCGCCUGAAGGGGGCGCUGCUGCGCACCUACAUCUUCAGCAUCCUGGUCCGCCUGCUGAUGGAGGUUUGCUUCAUCGUGGUCCAGUACAUGAUCUACGGCGUCUUCCUCAAAGCCAAAUUCACCUGCGAGUCCAAGCCCUGCCCCCACACCGUGGACUGCUACAUCUCACGGCCCACCGAGAAGAACAUCUUCAUCGUCUUCAUGCUAGGUGUGUCGGGGGUGUCCCUCCUCCUCAGUGUCCUGGAGCUGUAUCACCUGGCGUGGAAACAGUGUCGCCGCUGCAUGAGGAAGCGCCGCGCCGCGCAGCUGAAACUACAGCAGCAGCAGCAGCAGGAGGACGACGAGCAGCGACCUUUAACCCCGUCCACCAUCAUCGCAUCGUCGCCGGAGCCUCCGCCCCCUCCUCAUCUUCCUCUUCCUCAUCAUCAUCAUCACCACUCGAUGCCCAUCACAAUGCCGCCGUGCUCUCCUCCGCCGGAUUUCAGCCAGUGCGUGCGGCAGGAUUCGCCGCAGUCCAUCCACAGUCAUAACCACAACCUCGCGCCCCACACGCACCCCAGCUGCCCCGCCUACAGCGACAGGCUAUCAGCCAAUCAGCAGAACUCUGCCAACAUGGCGGCCGAGCGGCACCGCGGGGGGCCGGGAGAGGACUUCCUGGGUAGGCCGGUCUUCAUGACGCCGACCAAUACGGCGGCUCCCUCGCCUGUCAGUCACUCUCCCUCAGCCAAUCAUGUAGGCCUACCUGAGGAGGGCGUGGGCGGGGCUUGCCCCCAGGUGCUGGCCAAUGGGUUUGUGAAGGACAAGCGGCGUCUGAGCAAGACGAGCGGGGCCAGUGUGCGCAUGCGGCCAGAUGACAUCGCAGUGUAGCGUCUUAUCGGGGAGGGGGAGCAGCCAUGGCGCAAUGGUCAGAGCGCUGAACUUUAGAUCAGAGGGUUGCAGGUUCAAAUCCCAUCCUUUCAAUAAAGACGCUUUUGCACACCUCUGUAGUUGGGCAGGUGCGUAGGAUGUUAUCCC